GUGAACUGACAAUAAUACCCUUCGGUCGUUCGCCCACCGUUUUCCCCUCCCAUACUUGAGCACCCACACCCCUACCAUCCCGCCGCCGUCCUCCUCCCCCCUCCCUCUCGAUCUCCUCCCACCUCACCUCCUCCUCGCCUCUUGCCGACGUUUCGUCAAGGUUCCGGCGGCGAUGGCGGCGAGGCUCGCGCAGCUGCGGACCAAGGCGGCGCAGGCGGCGGAAUUCGCCUCGAAGCACGGCGGCGCCUACUACAAGGAGGCGAUGGAGAAGAACAAGCAGUACGUCGUGCAGCCUCCCUCCGUGGAGAAGUGCCAGGAGCUCUCCAAGCAGCUCUUCUACACGCGCCUCGCUAGUCUACCAGGCCGCUAUGAAGCAUUGUGGAAGGAGGUUGAUGGUGUCAAGCAGCUUUGGAAGAAUAGGAAGGAGCUCAGGGUGGAGGACCUUGGAAUUGCAACACUGUUUGGGGUUGAGCUUUAUGCAUGGUUCUGCAUAGGCGAGAUUGCAGGCAGAGGAUUCACCUUAACCGGCUAUAAGGUCUGAAUUAGAUGCCGAGGCGCGCCUUAUAAAUACUGUUAGCUGAUGCUUGUCGAAAUUACCUGUCUUGUUUCACAAUUUUGUUUCUGAAAAGUUUCAGUGCUGAAUGCCAGCAAGACGAGCACACAAUUGCAACAGUGCCUCAAUAAUUUGCUCGCUCAAUUGUCCAUUAUUUUUUUUGUGGUCUGUAACUUGUUCCACUGACGCCUGCCGCACCACUCUUGUGUUGUCUGGUAUGAAAUGAACCCAUUUCUCGUUGCA